AUGGGGUCGCAAUUAUCGGGGGAAAAGGAGCGCCUCACGCAGGGAGCUCCGCUUUCGCAUGAGGAUUCGGCGCACGAGCAGUUUGAGAAGAGUCACGGGCCGCACGGCCAGAAGCUGACGCUGCUGCCGCUCAUCGCGCUCAUCUUCUUCGAGGUGUCCGGCGGGCCAUACGGCGUGGAGGACGCCGUGAAGUACGGCGGGCCUCUGCUUGCCAUCCUAGGCUUCACCGUCUUCCCCCUCAUCUGGAGCGUGCCAGAGGCCCUGACCACCGCAGAGCUAGGAACAGCCUUCCCGGAGAACGGGGGCUACGUGGUGUGGGUGUCAGCGGCGUUUGGCCCCUUCUGGGGCUUCCAGGAGGGGUGGUGGAAGUGGCUGAGUGGCGUGAUAGACAACUCGCUCUACCCGCUGCUCUUCCUCGACUACUUGAAGCGCGAGCUCCCUGUGUUUGGCGGAGGCCUGCCUCGCAUGGCGGCACUGCUUGCCAUGACUCUGGUGCUGACGUACGUGAACUACCGCGGGCUGACGAUAGUGGGCGCCACUGCCAUCGCGCUGGCAGUGUUCGGGCUGCUGCCCUUUGUGGUGAUGGCGCUGCUCGCCAUCCCCAAGAUCCAACCCGCCCGCUGGCUGGUGGUGGAUCUGAACCGCGUGCAGUGGCGGGGGUACUUCAACACACUCUUCUGGAACCUCAACUACUGGGACUCCGUCAGCACGCUAGCAGGCGAAAUAGAGGAGCCGAAGCGCACCUUCCCGCGGGCGCUGAUGGGGGCGGUGGUGCUGGUGGUGGUGUCGUACCUCGUGCCCCUGCUCGCAGGCACAGGCGCCGUGCCAUUCUCCCCGGACGGCUGGGACGACGGGUAUCUGGCCGUGGUGGGUCGCGUCAUCGGGGGCGGCUGGCUCGCCUGGUGGAUUGCGUGUGCCGCUGCGCUGUCCAACAUGGGCGCAUUUGAGGCGGAGAUGAGCAGCGACGCGUUUCAGCUGCUGGGGAUGGCGGAGCGAGGCCUGCUGCCCGAGGUCUUCACGUACCGGUCGCGGCACGGCACGCCCGUGCUGGGCAUCGUGUGCAGCGCCACGGGCAUCGUGCUGCUGUCGUGGAUGAGCUUUCAGGAGAUCGUCGAGUUCCUCAACUUCCUCUACUGCUUCGGCAUGCUGCUUGAGUUUGCCGCCUUUGUGGCGCUCCGGGUCACGCAGCCUGACCUGAACCGGCCGUACAGGGUCCCCGUGGACACCAUGGGAGCAGCGCUGCUGUGCCUGCCGCCCUCCCUGCUGCUCGUUCUCGUCAUGGCCCUCGCGUCCUGGCAGACAGUCAUUGUCAGCACUCUUCUCGUCAUGGCCCUCGCGUCCUGGCAGACAGUCAUUGUCAGCACUCUUCUCGUCAUGGCCCUCGCGUCCUGGCAGGCCGUCAUUGUCAGAUAUGUGAUGUUCCUCAUCGAGAGGUGUGGAUUCGCCAUUGCUAGCUGCCCAACCCACCGUCCCGACACGCACUCUCUCGCGCUGCCGCAACCUCCUCUUGAUCCCACUCCCGGAGCACAUCCUCCCUUGUUACCUGCCCACCCCCAUCCGUCCCGACACACGCUCUCUCGCACACCUCCAACCCCGCCCCCCCCCCCUGAUCUGACUCCCGGAGCUUCCGUCCCACCAUUGUCUGCUUCUCCAUGCAUCUUUCCGUCCCGUGUCCCAUCUCAUGCCCCUGGCAGCUCCAUAGCAGCCUUGCUGGGUCUGCUGCUCCCGCUGCUCAUGAUGGGACCUUCAAUCCGAAAAUCUUACCCACCCCUUCUUGCUUACUCCUCCAUGCACCUUGCCGCCCCCCUGCCCCAUCCUCCUGCCAGCUCCAUAGCAGCUGUGGUGGGGCUGCUGAUGUACCCGCUGCUCAUGUGGGCGAAGCACCACGGCGUGCUCAAGUUCACUCAGGACCCGGGCCUGCCAGACGUGGCUCUCAUGGACGAGGAUGACGGCAGUGAGGGCGAGGGCGGGUUUGAUGGGGCGGCAGGCAAGGGAGGGAUGGGGAAGGAGGACGGUGGGGCUGGUGUGCGGGAUGGGGUUGAUGGGGAUGGUGCUGUGGCUGACAGUGAGAAUGGGUUGCUGCUGGGGAAGGAGGGGAGGGAGAAGGGGAGCAGCAAGGUGGUGCCAGUGGAGUGUCCGGGGAAGUCUGAUGGAUCGCUGCGAGCAGGUGCAGGUGAUGCGGUGCUCUCGGCAUGUGAGGGACAGUCGCCUCCUGUCUUGGUGGGAUCGUUGCCUAGUGAUGGGCUGCUUGCGCACCAAGAUGGGCUGUUCUUGACUCCUCGACCUGCUGCAUAUAGUGAUCAGCUUCCUUCGCAAGCGUGCGACGCUGUGUUUUCCUGUCCGUCCUGUCCGUCAACGCCAUUCUGCGCUACUUUCCGCGCCGUGCUAUCCAAAUCGCUCUCGCGAGCGCAUUGCAACGUCAUCAUGGCGGCGCACAAGCCGUUAUCGACGGGUGGGGAGGCGGCCUCAGAGUUCUCGGACGUCCCCGGCGGGGCGAAGAGCGUGACGACGAGGGUGAUGGAGACGGGCGCGAGCGCCGUGCAGCAGUUCGGCCCCAUCCGCCAGAUCGGCCAACACCUCUGCGCGUUCCACUAUUAUGCCAACGACAUGUCGCGACAAGUCGAGGCGCACCACUACUGCUCGCACGUCAGCGAGGACGUGCACCAGUGCCUCGUCUACGACUCCGACCAGCCCUCCGCGCGCCUCAUCGGUGUCGAGUUCAUCGUCUCAGAAAAGAUCUUCCUGUCUUUGCCUGAGGACGAGCAGCGCAUGUGGCACUCGCACGAGUAUGAGGUCAAAAGCGGGCUGCUCAUCAUGCCGGGCAUGCCGGCAGUAGCAGAGCUGCCUGUGAUGAGCAAGCUCGUGAAGACGUUUGGCAAGACGUGGCACUUCUGGCAGUUUGAUAGGGGAGACACACUGCCGCUGGGUGUGCCGCAGCUCAUGGGGGCGUUCUUUGCUGACGGGCAGCUGAAACCCGAACUGCCUAAAGCGGUGGAGCAGCGGUAUGGGGUGCAGCUGGAGGAGAGGCGGCAGCUGCGAGCUGACCUUACAGGCCCUGAGCUCGCUGUGGAUGGCUUAGCGCAGCAGUUUAAAAGGGGGAUGGGGUAUGAGACACAGCUCAAGGAGUGCCAGCUGGACGGGCAGGAGCGGAUGGCAAAGGGAGGCGUGGGUGCCGCAAGUGUGACUGGUGUGGGCAGUGGUGGCAUGGAGCAUGUGGGGCAGGCAGGGACAGGCACUACAGGCAGCGACUGCAAGGCCAGGAUUGGUGGCUGA